CAGCCAUGGCAGAUCGACGAUGGAUGGCAUCAUGCUUAUGGCUGUCAUUAAUCGUGACAUGUGGAUCACUGCAACAAAUCCUCGCUUCUGAGUCUGAGCCCGAGAUCGUGUCAGGCAAGCCAGCGAGAAGGGUUUGUUACUACCAGGCAGCCACCGUCUACCGCCCUCGGGGUUUCGGCUACAGGAUCGAGGACAUCCCAGGCGACCUCUGUUCCCAUAUCAUCUACGCUUUCGCUGACAUCUCCGGCAGCACGUGGGAGGUCAAGUAUUCGAAUGAAAGUGUAAGGUCACAAGCUGAUAAAAAGAAUGCAAAUAUAAACUCAGGCAUGUGGAGGAGCCAGUCUAUAGAAAAUAUAGGAACGCAUCGUAGCCGCCAUGUUAGUCUGAAGACCGACAUACAAAGGUCACGCAUGAAUCCGAUUUGCAAGAAGUACGUGACAUGA